AUUGGUGAGUUCCCAUCCCAUGACAAAAAAAAAAUGCAAUUAAAGUGUAGUGACCUAAACAACAUUUGAGCCGAAAAGACUAACCCAAAUAUACUACAAACAACAGCUGAGAGAAGCUCAGAAAUUUGAAUAUGAAUUUGAAAGUGUGAAAAUGCAAGGAAGUUCAGAAUCAACAACAAUGGUAAUAGAAACCCUAAAAAGUAAGGGUUGGUAUUUGGAAGAAACCGACGAUUUAAAGGCAAUAAUCGUUAUUCAAACCGCAUUAGCCGAUGACCGUUCCAAGUUGUUAGAGUCUGUUGAAUCCGAACUCCUCAACUCUGAUCUCAGAUCCAUCGGAGCCAAAUCCUUACCCGAACCAUCUCUUCUUCGUAAUAAUCCUUCUUCUUUUCUUCAUGGACCCAAAGUCCUUCAGGUAUCUUCGGUGAGAGACAUAUCUAUGAGCAAAAUGGAUAACAUUUCAAGAAGUUCAAGUGGUCGGAGACUUCUCAGAUUAUGUCUCACCGAUGGUCACUCCGAGAUAACUGCCAUAGAAUAUUCCCACAUUCCAUUUAUACCUGACAUUCUAGUUCCUGGUACUAAGAUUCGUUUGGAAAAUAAAGUUCCUGUACAUAGUGGUAUUGCUUGCUUAAAUCCUAAAGCAUUGACUGUAUUAGGAGGUGUUGUUCAAUCACUAUAUGAAGAAUGGCAAAUGAACCAAAAAUAUGCAGGAUUCUCUCGGUCGUCUUUAAAACAGCUAGAGGAUCGUGAUACAGGUGGUCCUCCUGCAUUUGUGAAGCUGCAGGUUGGACCUUCAUCAGGUUUUGCUGAUAAUAACUCUAGAAGAAGUAAGCCCGUGGUUGGGGCUGGUAGAGCUGAGACAAGGCCAACUGGUAUCCAGCAAGACCGAAAUCUGAAAGAAGAUAUUUCGGACGCAAGUCUAAAAUCAAAAUUGCCACCAGAAAAAGCUGAAGACAAACCUAGUGGUUCAGGGUUAAAGCCAAAAGAAAGAGCUGAAGACAAACCUAGUAGUUCGGGGACUAGGCCAAAAGAAGUUGUGGAAUCUAUUCCGGUGCAAAAUCAAGCAGCUGCCCAAAAAUUACUACAGAAACUAAAUCAACCAAAUCAGCGUGAUCGACAUUCUAGGGGUCGGAGACAUAGGGGCAAGGGUCAAGAAGAUGAUGAAGUUGUAUUUACUCUGGAAGAAUAUGAAAAAAGAAAGGCCCAACAACAUCCUUCUAAUAAAGAUAAUGUUCUAGAUAUUAGCCAUGAUGAGCAUCUUGCAUGGCAGCUUCAGAAUCAAUUUAACCUCGAACAUUCUCAGGUACAAAGCGGUCCUCGUGAAUCUGAAGCAGAUAAUAUUCGAAUGAGCAUGUUCACAUACGAAAAGGAUUCUGAUGACAGCUAUCAAAUGGGAAGAGGAAGAGGAAGAGGAAGAGGAAGAGGAAGAGGAAGAGGAAGAGGAAGGGGUAGAGGAAGAGGGAGGGGAAGACAUGGUUAACAUUAUUGUAUCUUGGAUAUUUCUGAUGCUUCCAUGGACUGGUUAACCAAAUGGUCCAUGAUGGACCACUGAUUUUCAAAUAAAUUUGUUCAAUUUUAACCAUUGGAUUAAACAAGUGUAUAAGAUUAUCAUAGACUUCAAACAUUGUAUAAAAUGUAUUUUCACUUUCUUUCA